AUUCUUAAAAAGCAAAUUCAUGAUCUGGUAAUAAUGGGUUAUUAUACUGAAUAUUUGGUAAUAAUGUAUCUUGUGCUUGUGUGGAUGUCUGACGUACUGUUGAAAACGAAAUAUCUUCAUAUGUCCGCGAAUCAGCUGUCUCACAUUGAGGUCGAAUAGAGCUGGUACAUGCUGAAGAGGAACGGGUAGAAGGUAUGCUGUCUGCAGCAAGCGAUGAAUAACUAGACGUUGGGGAGAAGAGAGGUGCAGAGAUAUGAGACACUACAGGCUCAUCCAAGAUUUCACCGGCAAGAUUUAGGACUCCCACUUUAUAUUUUCUUUUCUGCUUGUCUGUCAUUUUUUUUAAAUCGGGCAAUAGACUCAACAAAAACUGCACAUCGGCAUCAUCAUUAGUGAAAGCAGGUGGUUUAUACGGUGCUUGCUUCUUUUUUUCAAAAAAUUCAAAAGCAGAUUUGUUAACAUCUGCCAAAGAUAUUUGAUUCGGAGUAGUUUUAUUUCUUUUAGGAUUAUUUACACUAGGUACUGACGAACUGGAUACACUUCUCUUUUGAGUUUUUUGCUUUGGAUCUCCAGAAUCAUUUUUUUCCAAACUGUCUGUCUGAGAUACAAUAAUAUUUGAUACAGGCUCGUUAAAUUCUUCAGGAAUCGACUGUUCAUCAUCAAUAUCGUCAUUUCUCCCUUGGUUGUUUUUGUAAUUUCCAAUUUUUGGACUUCCUAAUUGUUGAGUUUAAAGCUCUUCGGUCUCUAGGUCCUCCGUAAUUGAUUCUUCAUGAAUUAUAUCGGCCGUUUCAAUAUUCUUUGGUGCGUCAACAUUUCCUUUCGGUUGGCGGGACUUAGUGAACGGUAAAACAAAACAUAAGUACUCCGAGAGAUAGUAUGGGCGUUUUACCGAUGCUCCAGAUCCAGAUGGCAUGUAUGUCUUUAAAUGUUUCGUGUAACUUCCACGUAAAUUCUUCCACCUUUUUUUGCAAUCUGCGAUGGUAGCUACAAUAAAAACACAUCAUUAAGAUAUACAAAUGAAGCGUGCUGAGCAUAAUGUGUAUUUUGCAACCGGCUGCAAUCUAAAGGCACUAUCAUGUUAUUUUUUGAGAGGUCAUACUACCAUUAGAGAAAUAAUUGCAAGAACUUCAGUAGUAAUUUGGAAAGUUCUACAACCAACUUAUCUUCCUAAUCCUACCAAAGAAACAUGGGUACAAUCAGCUCGAAGAUACUGGGAGUUAUGGAAUUUACCAAAUUGUGUGGGGAGUAUAGACGGUAAACACAUCAGGAUCAAACGUCCACCAAAAUCAGGUUCCGAAUUUAUUAAUUACAAAGGGUAUUUUUCCAUUGUUUUGAUGGCUGUAUCAGACGCAGAUGGCUGUUUCUUGACCAUUGAUGUUGGUGAGUACGGCCGAAAUAGUGACGGGAGGGCAUUAAAAGAAAGUAAUUUUGGAAAGAAAUUAGUUAACAGCACGUUAGACUUGCCAGACCCAUCUCCAUUACCAGGACAAGACACAAAUUUUCCAUUUUAUUUUGCUGCAGACGAAGCUUUUCCAUUGAUGUGUACUAUAAUGAAACCCUACCCUAAAAGAGGCUUAACAAAUAGAAAAAGGGUAUUCAAUGGUAGGUUAUCAAGAGGUCGCAAAUCAGUUGAAUGCUCAUUUGGAAUGAUGUCAUCCAAGUUCAGAAUUUUACACACAACAAUUGGUCUUAAUAUAAAUACAGUGGACAAUAUUGUUAAAGCAGUGUGCUUACUGCAUAAUUUUAUUAAAAAAGAGGAAGGUAUAUUUUCGCGCCCGCGAGGAAAGAAAGGAAAUGAUGAUGACAUAGAAGUAGAAAAUGAGGAACAGCCUUAUCCGAGACUCUCAAAUCAAAGAAGAGCUACCAAUCCAGCAAUUGCUACACGGGAGAAACUUUGUGAUUUUUUUUUAACAGUGGACGGGUCACUUAAAGGUCAAAAACGAUUUUGUGUAUGAAAACAAGAAGAUAACAAUAUUAACAGAAUAAAAAGAUAACUAAAUAAUGCCUUUAAAUAAAAAAAUAUAUUUUUCAAGGAACCACAUUUUUUUAUUACUUACCUCCUUCCCCAAUGUCUUUUGCAAUUUUCGCCCAAGCCCGUUCUUGCACAUGGAUCAUAUGAUAAUCCUCCCGUGUAUUGUCAUACAGACAGGGAUAUGCCUCUACAAG